AUGGUGCCAAAACGUCUGCCCGCAAGCCGCACCGGAAGCGGAAAUCAAUUUAGACACUCGAGAAUGGGCGGCACGUCGCGGAGCAAGUCGCCCUCGCCAAAGAAGAAGAGCACCGACCUCGAGAAGCAGAGCUGGUACCACGGGAUGCGGCCCCGGAAGGAGUGCGAGGCGCUGCUGAACGAGAAGGGCGAUUGGCUGGUGCGGGCCACCGACAACGACAACGAGGGCCGGCUAUCGGUAGUGCUCACCGUGCUCGACCAGAAGCGUGUGGCCAAGCACCUGAUCAUCACUAAAAACGAGAAGAACCGCUUUAUCCUGUCCGCCCUCAAGGAAAAGGACCGGGUGCAGUUCGACACGGUGGCCGAGCUGAUCGCCUAUUAUCAGAAAAAGGGCGGCAUCGGCGCGAUCAAAAUGGGCAGCCCGAAAAACCGGCCGACGUGGAUGAUCAAGCACGAGCAGGUGACCUUCGAUGAGAACAAGGACAAGCUCGGCAGCGGCAAUUACUGCGUCGUCUACAAGGGCAUUUACAAGGAGGAGCAGCGGGUGACAAAUGUCGCUGUGAAGGUUUGCCUGCAACUGGACGAGGAGCGCAAGCCGGACCAGAUCACGGCGGAGCGGCAGAGCAUGCUGCGCGAGGCCGAACUGCUCGCCAGCUACGCGCACGAAAAUGUCAUCCAGCUCUACGGUGUCGCCGCCGACCAUCCGCCAGUGCAGAUCGUGCUGGAGUACUGCCCGGGCGGCAGUCUCGACAAGCAUCUCCAGGAAUAUCGCGACAAGAUUGAGACCGCGGAGCGGCUCCUCUACAUGAAAGACGCUGCCCGAGGCAUGAGCUACCUGCACGAGAAGGGCUGCAUCCAUCGCGACAUCGCUUCGAGGAACUGCCUGAUCGCCGAGUCGGGCCUGAUCAAAAUCGCCGACUUCGGGCUGUCGAAACUGAUCGCCAAGACGGAGAAGGAGGCGGAUCCGGAGACCGGCAUGGGAUUUCCGGUUCGUUGGAUGGCCCCGGAGAGUCUGCAGAAGAAGCGCGAAUACUCGACGAAAUCGGACGUCUGGAGCUACGGGGUGAUGGUCUACGAGACGUUCAACAACGGCAACAAGCCGUGGCCCGACUGGGAGACGAAGAAAAUCGCCACGCACAUCCGGAAGGGCCGGAUGCCCGAGCUCCCCGACACGAUCCCCAGCGAGUUGCGCGACUAUCUGAAGACGAAAAUCUGGAACGUGGACCCGGAGAAGCGCGUCGACAUGGACGCGGUGUGCAAGAAGGUCGAGGAGGCGAGCAGGGUCGUCGGCCGCCCGCUGCGCCCCGUCAUCAAGCGCCAGACGAAGGGCGGCAGCAAGGACAAGGGCACCCGGAACCAGGAGAGCACCAGCUCUGUGGCUGUACGACUAAGCGCAACCCGUCGUCACCUUCUUACAUCUACUUUAAAGGAAGCCCAGCGACUUCUCCUCGCUCGUGCCCUCGCCCAGAAGCUGCCCGCCCGUCAAUUUUAUGCUAAACGUCUUCGAUCUACAAACAAACAUUCGUGCCCCCUGUAUUAU